AUGACCAUCUUCAGUGUUCUUGACGUGAACGGCAGGAUCCAGCAGCAGAGACCAGACUCCUCUGUGCUCAGCUGUGUGUCCAUGAAGAGUGCCUCGUCUUUAGAUCGACUUUUUGCCUUUUCAAAGGUUCAAAGAAACUUCCUGUAUGUUCUGUUCCAGCUGCUUGAGCAAAAUAUUGUCACCUUUGUGAACAACGAACUGAAAAACUCCCUGAGGGUUCUGAGCACAGAUUACCCAGAAUGCUUAGAGAGUCAAAGGGAGGGUGAGGAGGUGUUGAACGGUGAGGAGGAGGAGCAGAGGAGGAGCAGCAGAAAAGCUUUUCUGCAGAUCACACUGCACUUCCUGAGGAGGAUGAAGCAUGAGGAGCUGGCUGAGCGUCUGCAGAGCAAAACUCUUGCUGCAGCAUGCCAACGUGAGCUGAAAUCUAAUCUGAAGCAGACGUUUGAGUGUGUCUUUGAGGGGAUUGCUAAAGCGGGAAAUCCAACACUUCUGAAUCAGAUCUACACAGAGCUGUACAUCACAGAGGGAGAGAGUGGAGAGCUCAAUGAGGAACAUGAGGUUAUUCAGAUUGAAACAGCAUCCAGGAAACCAGACACACCAGAAACACCAAUCAGAUGUGAGGACAUCUUUAAACCUUUACCUGGAAGAGAUCGACCAAUCAGGACAGUGAUGACAAAGGGAGUGGCUGGCAUUGGGAAAACAGUCUUAACACAGAAAUUCACUCUGGACUGGGCUGAACACAAAGCCAACCAGCAUAUACACUUCACAUUUCCAUUUACUUUCAGAGAGCUGAAUCUGCUGAAAGGGAGAAAGUUCAGCUUGGUGGAACUUCUUCAUCACUUCUUUACUGAGACCAGAGAAGCAGGAAUCAGCAGGUUUGAGCAGUUCCAGGUUGUGUUGAUCUUUGACGGUCUGGAUGAGUGUCGACUUCCUCUGGACUUCAAGAACAACCAGAUCCUGACUGAUGUUACAGAGUCCACCUCAGUGGACGUUCUUCUGACAAACCUCAUCAAGGGGAAACUGCUUCCCUCUGCUCGCCUCUGGAUAACCACACGACCCGCAGCAGCCAAUCAGAUCCCUCCUGAGUGCGUUGACAUGGUGACAGAGGUGAGAGGCUUCACUGACCCACAGAAGGAGGAAUACUUCAGGAAGAGAUUCAGAGAUAAGGAGCAGGCCAGCAGAAUCAUCUCCCACAUCAAGACGUCACGAAGCCUCCACAUCAUGUGCCACAUCCCAGUCUUCUGCUGGAUCACUGCUACAGUUCUGGAGGACGUGUUGAAAACCAGUGAGGGAGGAGACCUGCCCAAGACCCUGACUGAGAUGUACAUCCACUUCCUGGUGGUUCAGUCCAAAGUCCAGACUGCCAGGUAUCAUGGGAGAGCUCAGACAGAUGCUCUCUGGACUACAGAGACCAGGGAGACAAUCCUGUCUCUGGGAAAACUGGCUUUUGAGCAACUGGAGAAAGGCAACCUGAUCUUCUAUGAAGCAGACCUGGCAGAGUGUGGCAUUGAUAUCAGAGCAGCCUCAGUGUACUCAGGAGUGUUCACACAGAUCUUUAAAGAGGAGCGUGGGCUGUACCAGGACAAGGUUUUCUGCUUCGUCCAUCUGAGCCUUCAGGAGUUUCUGGCUGCGGUUUAUGUCACUGUCUCAUUCAUCAGCACAGGCGUCAAUUUACUGUCAGAGGCAUAUUCAGUUUCCUGGUGGUUUACACUAUUCAGCAUUAAAUCCAAAUUAAAAUUCCUCUACCAGAGCGCUGUGGAAAAGGCCUUACAGAGUCCAAAUGGACACCUGGACUUGUUCCUGCGCUUCCUUCUGGGUCUUUCACUGCAGACCAAUCAGACUCUCCUACGAGGCCUGUUGACACAGACAGGAAGCUCACAAUCAAGUAUAACAAUCAAGUACAUCAAGGAGAAGAUUAGGGACAGUCCAUCUCCAGAGAGAAGCAUCAAUCUGUUCCACUGUCUGAAUGAGUUGAAUGACCGCUCUCUAGUGGAGGAGAUCCAAAAAUACCUCAGAUCAGGAAGUCUCUCCAGAAGUGAACUCUCCCCUGCUCAGUGGUCAGCUCUGGUCUUCAUCCUACUGUCAUCAGAAGAAGAUCUGGAUGAGUUUGACCUGAAGAAAUACUCUGCUUCAGAGGAGGCUCUUCUGAAGCUGCUGCCAGUGGUCAAGGCCUCCAGGAAAUCUGUGCUGAGUGGCUGUAAUCUGUCAGAGAGAAGCUGUGCAGCUCUGGCCUCAGUUCUCAGCUCCCAGUCCUCUAGUCUGAGAGAGCUGGACCUGAGCAAUAACGAGCUGCAGGACUCAGGAGUGAAGCAUCUCUCUGCUGGACUGGAGAGUCCACACUGCAGACUGGAGACUCUCAGGUUGAAUCAAAGCAGACUCACAAAAGAUUGCUGUAAGCAGCUGUCGUCACUUCUCAGCUCCCAGUCCUCCAGUCUGAGAGAGCUGGACCUGAGCAACAACGAGCUGCAGGACUCAGGAGUGAAGCUGCUAUCUGCUGGACUGCAGAGUCCACACUGCAGACUGGAGGCUCUCAGGCUGAGAGGCUGUAAUCUGUCAGAGAGAAGCUGUGAGGCUCUGGCCUCAGUUCUCAGCUCCCAGUCCUCCAGUCUGAGAGAGCUGGACCUGAGCAACAACCAGCUGCAGGACUCAGGACUGAAGCUGCUCUCUGCUGCACUGAAGAGUCCACACUGCAGUCUGGAGGCUCUCAGGUUGAGUCAAAUCAGGCUCACAAAAGAUUUCUGUAAGCAGCUGUCAUCGCUUCUCAGCUCCCAAUCCUCUAGUCUGAGAGAGCUGGACCUGAGCAACAACCAGCUGCAGGACUCAGGAGUGAAGCUGCUCUCUGCUGGACUGAGGAGUCCAAACUGCAGACUGGAGGCUUUCAGACUGAGAGGCUGUAAUCUGUCAGAGAGCAGCUGUGCAGCUCUGGCCUCAGCUCUCAGCUCCCGGUCCUCCAGUCUGAGAGAGCUGGACCUGAGUAACAACCAGCUGCAGGAUCCAGGAGUGAAGCAUCUCUCUGCUGGACUGAAGAGUCCACACUGCAGACUGGAGGCUCUCAGGCUGGGUGUCUGUCAGCUGUCAGAGAGAAGCUGUGCAGCUCUGGCCUCAGCUCUCAGCUCCCAGUCCUCUAGUCUGAGAGAGCUGGACCUGAGCAACAACGAGCUGCAGGACUCAGGAGUGAAGCUGCUCUCUGCUGGACUGGAGAGUCCACACUGCAGACUGGAGGCUCUCAGGCUGUCAGGCUGUCUGCUCACACAGGAAGGCUGUGCUGCUCUGGCCUCAGCUCUGAGCUCCAACCCGUCCCACCUGAGAGAGCUGGACCUGAGCUACAAUCAUCCAGGAGCCUCAGGAGAGAAGCUGCUCUCUGCUGGACUGAAGGAUCCAACCUGGAGACUGAAGACGCUCAGUGUGGAGCAUGGUGGAGAGCAGAGGCUGAGACCGGGUCUGAGGAAGUGUAAGUGUGGAUUUAGUUUUAUUCAUAAAGUCCCUGUGAACUGA